CGUAGCUACGUGAACUCGGAUCUUGGCAGCAAAGUGGAAAAUUUGUCGAAUCAGCUACAAGAACUUGAAAUACUCAAAAUAAAUGAUGUAUACUACAUGUGGUUCACGCUUUCUACGGCCCAAACUUGGGUGGUGAAUAUUCCGUUUACAAAAUUUCGGUUCCAAUCUUAACGUCAAUCCUGCUCUUCCAACACCAUCAUGAAGGACAUUGCUGAAGGGACCACCAUACCCGAACUAAAGAACGAUGCCGCUUCUGAACAAGAGAUGCCAAAGUCUUACCCUGUACAUUGGUUUAGAGGCACAAUCUUCCAAAUCUUAGUCGUCGGAGGGGUAUUUUUCUGCGCACCGGGAAUGUACAAUGCUCUAAGCUCUCUUGGCGCUGGUGGGCUAGCGACUCCGUGGUACGCUAACGCUACUGCUGCUGCUGGAUACGUAUUCAUGGCAUUUUUCUGCCUUAUCGGUGGUAUAAUAGUUGGCAAGAUCGGGGUCAAGGCUGCACUACUGAUUUCCAGCAUGGGUGAUAUCAUUUAUGCAGGAAGUCUAUACCUGAAUUCCAAGAACGGAACACAGUGGUUCUUGAUGUUCGGGUCUAUCAUCUCAGGCUGCACCGAUGGCCUAAUGUACACCAUCGAAGGUCCCAUUAUCACCUCAUAUCCAGAACCUCAUCGCCGAGGGCGCAUGCUCGCCUUAUGGGUCUUCAUGCGUACCGCAGCUCCAGUUAUCGGCGGUGCCAUAAUCUUUGGCCUCAACUCCUCUCUCGACUCAUCCGGUGGCGUUUCUCUCAAAACCUACCUCGUUAUCAUCGGGAUCAUGUGUGCAGGUCCAUUCAUCUCCACGCUCCUAUCCACUCCCGAAAAAGUACAGCGUAAGGACGGCGUAAAGAUCCGGAUGCGCAAGGCUGGAUGGAGUCAGACGUUCAGCGAGUGGUACAAGGUCGUAUGCUCUCCUGAUAUAUUGCUCCUUUGUCCUCUCUUUUUCACAUCUUGGUUUUACGGCUCCUACAUUGGUACACUGCAAACCCAGUACAUGAAUGUUCGAACCCGUGCUCUUUGCGCCUUCAUGAUUCCCUGGGGUGAUAUCGCAGGUGGCUUCCUAAUUGGGUACUUCCUUGACAACCGCCGAAUGUCAAUCAAGCAGCGUGCGAGGUGGAGCUGGAUAGGAUUGAUGGUGCUCAAUCUAGCGUUAUGGACAUGGACUGCCAUUGUCACAAAACAGCUUGAAGAUGAACAACCGGUUAUUGACUGGACAUCUGGGACUUUAUUCGGAAAGACAUUCAUUCUGUUUGUCCUUUUCGAUCUCGCGACAAUGGCUACUCAGACGACUUUGUACUGGAUUAUUAGCCAAAUGUCGGAUGAUUUCGUUGCCCUAUCAUACAUGACCGGAACGCUGCGUGGCGUUGAGUGCGCUGGCCAGGCCGUUGCGUACGGUAUCAAGUCCAGUGAUACAACCGAUUGGCUAUCCAUUGGCUUAAACGUUGGUUUGAUCGUUUUCUCGCUGCCCUUCGCCUGGGUGGUGAUUCGAAAGAUCGGCGUGGUGGAAUUCGAGAAAAUCAGCUUCAGUCACUUUGUUCAUGAAGAAAAACUUGAAACUGUCGAUGAGAAGAGUAUUGACGACAAGGGCUUUGCAUAAGAGCAGCUUUGAUACAUGAUGUCCAUGGUUGUUGUUUGGUAGACAGAUGUGUAUAUCGACUUCACCAUUUGUAGCUGUUGCAUCAUAGCGCCACUGAGCGCUCGCUCACCAUCUUCACGCGACAUAUCAUUCUCAGUGUAAAAGCGAUCCUUAAG